CAGAUGCACUCGAAAUAUUUAUCCCUGCCUAUAGCAAGAUGGAAGCAUCCGUUUCUAACGACGAGUGAGAUGCCACCACUGACUCUGACUGACAAUUUUUGUCAUCGCCACCAGCCUCGGAAUACCAGCCGGAACAGCUAGUCCAAAUGUAUACAUAUGCGCGAAAGAAAAGAAGGUUAGAUUGGUGUGUAGACAAAUAUCCACUACCACCGUGGUCAGUACCGAGAAACAGUAUAUCAAGAUUUCAUCCCAAAGGAACCACUAUAAAUCGUUACUAUAUAAUCAAUUCACCAGAAUCAUCCGAUGACAUAUCUUUUAUUUUCUUGCUGAAACUUGCCACCGCUUUUGUUAUCACUACUCUCUGUCUGUCAAAUCAGCCAUUUCUGCAACGACCUUCUCUUUAAUUUCUUCGUCACAUCGUUAGAAGAUUUCUUCUCUGUUAAGAAAGAAGAAGAAAGAUGGGUGGCAAAAAAAUUGUCACAAACUCCGAAUCAUCUGCACCGGUAAAGAACAGCCCAGCCCCAGCUGCUGAUCAAUUUACUCUCAGUAUCAAUCCGGCUGGAUCAUCAAGACUUAAAGAAAAUCACUCAAAAUCUUUUCCAAUUGGUUUUUUAUUUCAACCAACUGAUGCGGACCUAAUAUUUCACUUCCUCAUUAAGAAAAUCAGAGGCCAACCGAUACAAUCUAAUACAAACAUUCAAGAAUUUAAAAUUCUUGAUUUCACUUAUGCGGAACUUGCAGAGAAGUAUAAGGAAUAUGCUGUAGAUGGAUCAGAAUGGUAUUUCUUCACUACCAGAGAACGAAGAUGUCCUAAUGGGGUUCAACCUAGACGCGAUGCUGGUAAUCAUGAGGGACGUUGGAAAGCUCUUGGGAUUUCUGAACCGAUUAAGGACAAACACGGAAGAAUAUUUGGGUCUAAAAGGAUUUUGGAUUACCAUAUGUUUAAUGAGGCUGCAUCGACCAAAGCAAGUACUAAAACUGAUUUCAAAAUGGUAGAGUACGUUGUGGUCGAUGCUGAAAUUGCAGCAUUUACAGAUAUUUGCUUGUGUAAAAUAUAUAAGAAUCGUAGGAAAUCACCAGGAAAUUCAGAUUCACUCACUGAUGGUGAUGAUACUCAUCCUAGUGCAGAAGCUAACAUUUCAUCAACAUUGAGAGCAGAUCGUUAUAGUGGAUCAUCUUUGCCACAACAUAUCAGUAAUAAUGCUAGUAAUCUUGAUGGUUCAGGGAAGCGUCACUUGAACUCCUCUCUUCCUCUUCCUCCUCCUAAUCAUAAUUAUCAUGUGCAAACUAAUCAGGAGAUGCCAUUUGUUGAUCCGUUUCCAUGGUUCCGAAAUAAUCUAAGUGUAGCAGAGGAAAAUGCACUCUUUGAGAUGGAACUUAGAGAAGAAAACCAAACGAACACUUACUUUAACGAGCUACCAGAUAUGGAAAACGAUCCGGAUUUCUGGGAUUUUGAUGGACAACAUCUUCUCACAGAUCAGCAACGCUCCCUUAUCAGAUGUGACCGGAUUAAUUCACCAGUUGCUGCACAGCAUCAGCAACAGCCACAACAACAAUGGCGUCUGCAGCAGCAGACACAACAACAAUGGUGUCAGCAGCAGCAGCCAGCAGCAGCCACAGCAGCAAUUGCGUAAGCAGCAACCUCAGCAGCAGACGCAACAGCACAAGAAGCAGCGCAAAUAGCUUGAGAUAGUGUGUCACCUCAAUGAAGACAGCAGUGCUGCAUCCUGGACUGGAUGUUAUAAGCUUUUAAUAGAUCAGUACUUUCCCCCUAGAAACCUCUGGAUUAUAACCAAGCAUGGAUUCAUUAGUUUGAUCAUAGUCAAACCAAAUUGUGUUUUAUUUCUUAGAUUUAAUUUCGCCUAGACUAACAAGUGAUGAAGGCUUAAUCAUUUCAAGAUACUCACCACUAUGUACUUCCUCUCAUAUGUUUGUGAGCUGUUGUUUUUUGCUUCUUCUCAGUUGUGCCAGAGCUACCUCUGUCUGUUGUUAUUCAAGUCCAUUUAUGAGAUUGUCAUUUGCUAAGUUGGGUAACAAUGCAUCAUUAUAUUGUAUUGUAUCUUCUAGGUGCUAAAUUUUGUAAAGAAUUAUUAUGAGUUUAAUACAUGGUUCAGAAUGUGGUGCCUAAAAUGAGAAAUGCUUAAA